UACUUAACUGAAAAUGAUCGAUCCCGAUUUGGACGACACACAUCUCUGCAUCAAAUGCAGUUCCACGAUCGUCGGUCUGGAAGCAUAUAUCGAGCAUCGCAAAACGCGGUGCACCAACCUCAGCAGCGCCACCGUGCGCAAUAAAAACGAUCAGGUUUCAAGGCAUGCUGUGCCCACAGAUAUGAUUUCCACGCCACGCGCACAUCUCGAUCACACCUACGAUGCUUUUGCCUUUGCCGAACCUGAAUCCUAUGCCAAAGAGGCAACGCAUGGCGGCAAAACCUCCAAGUCACUUGCCGACGCUUAUGAGCUUCCCUACGAGCUGGGUGCAGAUGUCUUUUUUUCCUCAUUGCAGUUACAGAGUGUACAAGCGGCUGGACCUUCAACGAGCGGAAAACAAGGAAUUAGCGCGCACACUCAGCCAUUGGGUAGCUUGCAACAACGUCACCACAAAUCGGAACAUGCCGAACAUAUGGGACAGGCCGACGAGCCCUGGAUGUCAGAUACGCAUGCGAGUGGAAGCGGCACACAACAGCAGAAAUCCUAUGAGGUUUUCAAACCCAUGACGUUUGUGCACGAGUCGCCUGAGGCUAGUGAAGAGGAAGACGAAGAUGUUGAUGUGGAAAUGGACGAAGAGGACGAUGAUUAUGAUCCAAUGGCAGAUGCGCAUGCGACUGGUGGAAAAUGGAAACCACCAACAAUGCCGCACUCGCCACCUGUUGUGCCUGAAACGCACACCGGUGGCAAAUGGCGACCGGAAAAUCGUCCAACAUUGAACGUCACACAUACACAGCUCACACGGCUCUCACCGAAUUGGGAUGAGCCAGCCUACGAAUUGGAAGGCGCAGAACUAAAUGAAGGCCAGCAUCCACCUGCCGAACACACGAAAGGUAAGUGGAUACCAGGCACAAAGAUGCAACGUCUCGAAUACAAAGAGGAGGUGGUCGAGUUGGCAAAGUCCGCAAAUGAGGAAUAUUGGUGUAAUAUUUGCUGUCGUCGUUUGAAGAACAAAGCGAAUUACGAGAACCAUCUCAAAACCGGUUAUCAUCGUAAACGCGCAGAACCUGAACGACAAUUAGAAAAGGCUGCGCUGGAUACUAUACAACGUGGCGAAUUGAGUAAAAGUUUCCUAGUGCCAGUAGAGGACCCCAAGCCAAGCACCGGUGAUGGCGUUAAAAAACGCAAACGACGCACCAACUUUAUUCGCUGUCAACUCUGCAAGCACAGCAUGUUGCGCCAUCUGGUGGGGAAGCACUUGAUCUCACACUAUCACUACCGACGCAUGCAAAUGAAUCCGGCGAAGUCGUUGCAUAUGAUACUGGAUAAUAUACACUCGGUAGUGUUGCAGUCACCCUAUCAAUGUCGGCCAUGUCGCUUCUAUACCAACACUGAAGAAAUGUUCUUGGAACACUGGAGCUCGCCAGCGCAUUUGGAUGCCACCGAGGGACUCGGCAAGUUAUGGUGCAGCUACUGUCACUUCGAAUGCGAGGAUAACAAUCAAAUGCGUCGCCAUCUGCUCAGCUCCGAUCACAAAGAAGUUAUAUUGGCCAUCAAUCGUUCUGUGCCGAUUUGUAUUAGCAAGAAGUUGAACAUCGACUGCAAUCGUUGUCGCCAGAGUUUUCGCUAUAACGCCGAGUUACGUCGACAUGCGCUGCUCUGUCAUCCGGGCAAAGAAUUGAGUGGUACAGUGUCGGACGUCUAUCAAAGUCGUUACAAUUGCGAAUUGUGCACGGAGUGUUUUCGCUCUAAAAUCGCACUGCAACGACAUGAGAAGAAUAGACACAGCAUUAGCAAAUAUUUCUGCUCCAUAUGCAAACUGGAAUUCAAUACGCCUUGUAAGGCACGCAGGCAUCGGAAGACGGCUGAGCAUCGGACGUGUGCAAUCGCAGCGGAACGGAGUGCGGGAGUGAAGCGAAAGUGCGCGACGACAAAAGACGUCAAGAGUUGCGAUAAAUGCAGUUUCGUCGCCUCAUCGGAGGUUGAAGCAAUGCUGCAUGAGCUCUCGCACCCGAAAACUGAGUACACGCGCAAUACAGUUAUAAUCAAAGCCAGCAGCAGCAGCGGCAAUGGCAGCGCCAGCAACAAAACUUCGGAGAAGAAAGUGAAACCCAAAUCUAGCGAGAAGUGGCGCAUCAAAUGCAAAGACUGUGAAGAACACUUCGACAAUAAAGAGGCGCUCAAUGCGCAUCGAGAUCUGUUGCACCCACUACUGCGUCACGUCUGCUUGAGUUGUGGUCAGAGUUUUGCGCUGGCACAAGCGCUUGGACGUCAUGCGCGUCUUUGUCAGCCGAAGGCAAGCACUUCGAAAGAGGCACUUCGUGACGCUAGUGACGUCGCGCAAAACAAGAAUAAAUGGAACUGCGAGGAAUGCGAUUUCAGCGCGCCUUACGAGUCAGAGCUGAUCUUUCACCGCCUUCAUCACACCUACGGUCCAAUGACUAAAAACCAGGUAAUCGCAUGUCCAAUUUGUGCAAAAGAGUUUCGUAAACAUUCGCUACGUUGCCACUUGCGCCAACACACAAAUGAGAAAAUUUUUGCUUGCGAAUUAUGCGAAUUGAAAUUUUCGCGUCGUCACAAUCUCAAGGACCACAUGAAGGGUGUACAUGGAAUGGCGUUAGCGAUGCCGAAAGAUCAACAAACCACAUCCGCGAAUGACGAGCCUCCGAAAGUGAAGAAGCGAAAAGUUGAUAGCGGUAAUUUCGCUUGCGGUACUUGCGCCAAAACUUUUUCCACAGAUUAUAUGCUAAAAAAGCACAGUGUCAGCCACAUCGCUACGCCGUCGGAAAGUCAGAAAAAUGCAUGCAAUAAUGAGGGCUGCAAAUAUGUCGCACCCAACGCAACUUCACUGCGAAUUCACAUAGCAUCGCAUGCUCAGGAGAAGCUCAAAUGUAACGAGCCAUCAUGCAACUAUGAAGGGAAAAGUUUGUUGCAUUUAAAAAGACACGCUCUCACGCAUCUCGCUCCGCCCAAAUGGUUCGCAUGUGACAAAUGUGAUUUCAAGGCCCGCAUCAAAGGACACAUCAAACGUCAUAUGCGUACACAUACCGGUGAAAAACCCUUUCUCUGUCCGCAUUGCCAAUUCCGUUGCACGACUUUCGAUAAUCUGCGCAAGCAUGUGCUCAAAACUGGCAAACAUCCAGGCAAAUUUAUAUACGAAUGUCAGCAAUGUGCCGUGGGUGCAGAACAAGGAAAUACCUACAAAACUAAUUCAUAUCAGGAGUUCCGGGCGCAUAAUGCCGAAAUGCAUGCGACGACAGGAGAUGGAAAUAAACAUUGAACGAAAA